AUGAAUCCGAGCUACACCAACGACGUUGACACUCCUAGUGAUAUGCUGGUCGAUUCAGACGAAUAUAUGAAUGAUGUGGACUCAAAGGAUGAUGUGGCCAUCAUCGAUCCAGAUGCGACUGGGCCUCGCGCCGACGACCUUGAGGCUAUGACAGAAUUUGUACUCACACCACUUCCGGAACAGCCUCCGACUCUCGAGAUCAAGACGAAUACAUGGGAGAUAGAGGACUGGAAGGAGUUACCCCGGAGAACAAAAGGUCCCAUAUUCUAUGCUGGCGGACACCCAUGGCGAGUUCUCAUGUUCCCAAAUGGCAAUAAUGUAGACUUCGCGUCCUUCUACCUCGAACAUGGCUACGAAGAAUCAGAGCUCCCCGAAGAUUUCGCCUGUUGCGUACAAUUUGCCCUUGUACUUUGGAAUCCGGAAGCACCCUGGGUUUUUGCCACUCACACAGCCCACCACCGAUUCACAAAGGAGGAGGGCGACUGGGGCUUCACACGUUUCGUAGAGCUGCGGAAACUUUGGGCACAACCAUACGAUGAAUCUGGCCAUUAUCUGGCACCAGGCCAAAAAGCUAGUAUGACAGCAUAUGUCAAAGUGGUCAAAGACGAAACAGGAGUACUAUGGCACAACUUCAAUAAUUACGACUCGAAGAAGGAAACCGGCUUUGUUGGACUGAAGAAUCAAGGAGCAACAUGUUAUCUCAACUCACUUUUACAAUCUCUAUAUUUCACUAAUGCAUUCCGCAAAGCUGUAUACCAAAUACCUACACAGGAUGAAGAAACCCUACAAAAUAGCGCGUAUACCCUACAGCGACUCUUCUACCAACUUCAAAGCUCUAACAACGCUGUUGGGACGAAUGAGCUUACUAAAUCUUUCGGCUGGGAGACAAGGCAUAUCUUCGAGCAACAGGAUGUACAAGAACUCUCGAGAAAACUCAUGGAGCGGAUGGAGGAGAAAAUGAAGGGCACCGAAGCAGAAAAUGUUCUACCAAGAUUAUUUUGUGGAAAGGUCCGGACAUACAUAUCUUGUAUAAACGUCAAGUAUGAAUCCCGCCGCGUUGAGGAUUACUGGGACAUUCAGCUCAACGUACACGGUAACAAGGAUAUUGAGGCCAGUUUCAGGGACUAUGUGCAAGUCGAGGUCAUGAAUGGCGAGAAUCAGUACUUCGCGGGAGACGAGUUCAAGCUGCAGGAUGCCAACAAAGGUGUUAUAUUUGAGACCUUCCCGGAAGUGCUCCAUUUACAGCUGAAGCGCUUCCAGUAUGAUAUCGAAAGGGAUGCCAUGAUGAAGAUCAACGACCGUUAUGAAUUUCCUGAAACCUUCGAUGCCGCCCCGUUCUUGGCCGAUGACGCUGACAGGUCAGAGUCUUGGGUGUAUCAACUGCAUGGAGUCCUUGUACACAGUGGUGAUUUGAAUGCUGGUCAUUACUACGCAUUCAUCAAGCCUACCAAGGAUGGAUGGUUCUACAGGUACGACGACGAUAGAGUGACAAAAGCCACUAUGCGAGAGGUCCUAGAAGACAAUUUCGGUGGGGCGUAUCUCGACCCCAGGGGCCAGACGGUGAAGGUGAAAGCAAAACCUGCUAUGCGCCAUAACAGCGCAUACAUGUUGGUGUAUAUUCGCCAGAGCCGUGUAGACAAUGUCCUUCUCCCGGUCACAGAAGAGGACAUUCCUUCACAUCUUCAGAAAAAGCUCGACGAAGAAGCCGCGCUUCGAGAAGCACGUAAAAAGGAGAGAGAAGAACAGCAUCUGUACCUAGGUGUCAGAGUUAUCACAAACGACACAUUCCGAGAGCAUGGUGGCACGGAUCUUACAUUUUUCGACCGCAGUCCCAGUGACGACCCAGCAGCUGCAAAGUAUUUCAGAUAUCUUCGAAAAUCAAGUAUUGCCGAUCUAGCUAGAACGGUUGGUGAAGAUACCGAGGUUGACCCCCGACGGAUCCGUUUAUGGGGAAUGGUAAACCGCCAGAAUAAGACUGUCCGACCAGAUAUCCCACUCACGGAUCCGCAUAUGACUAUUGAGGAAGCGCAUUCGAGGAUGACAGGCAGCAAAGGAACAGACUUACGACUUUGGGCUGAAGUUGCUGAGAAUUUGGACGCUGAUGGAGAAGCAGUCUGGCCCGCUGCUCCUGGGCCAAGUGGGUCCCCGAAGACCGAUCUGAUUGUCCUCUUCCUGAAACAUUUCGAUGUUGAGAAGCAAACUCUGAAUGGAGCUGGGCACAUCUACAUCAGCCGGGAAAAGAAGGUUGAAGACUUGGUACCCGCCAUUCUGAAAAAGAUGGGAUGGCCAGAAAAGCUCGCCACCGGAGAGAGGGUUCAGUUGAAGUUGUACGAGGAAAUAAAACCAUCUAUGAUUGAGCCAAUGAAGGCCAAGCAGUCUCUAAAAGCUGCUGAGCUGCAGGAUGGCGAUAUCAUCUGCUUCCAAUUAGCGGGAUCAGAUGGCAAGUCAGAAAGCGAUUCGGGUCAAUCCAUCAAAUCCGACAAGAGCACGCCUACAAGGUCGUUGGAUAAGAACUCAAUUUCCAAGUCCGAUCGGACCUCUCUAAGUAGGAUGUCUUCUGAUCGGAUCGAGACCGCCCCAGCAUUCUAUGACUUUUUGGUUCACAGGCGUGAGGUCAAGUUCUGGCCAAUGGACACGACUUCAGGAGUCGAACCCUUCACACUUGUUCUUAAUUCGAAGCAUUCUUACGACCAGAUUGCCGUUAAAGUUGGAGAUUAUCUCGAAGUUGACCCGACCCAUCUCAGAUUCACAACGAUCAAUGCAACCAGUGGGAAACCGAAGGCAGUUGUAAAGCGUGGCCAGAGUCAGAAUCUCCAGACCAUUCUUAAUCCUCCAUACAGCACUUUCAGCAACAACAACCAGCGGAAUGACUCUUUAUAUUUCGAAGUUCUCGACAUGAGUCUCUCAGAACUUGACACAAAGAAGCUGAUCAAGGUCAUGUGGGUGAGCGAGGGAGUCACCAAAGUCGACGUUUACGAUAUUCUUGUUGCCAAGAGCGGAUGUGUUGAGGAUGUGAUCAAUGCUCUGGUUAAAAAGGCGCAAAUCGACGACGAAGUAACCGGUGGCCGUGUCAAACUCUACGAAGUACACAGCCAUAAAAUACACAAGGAACUCGCCCGAGAUUUUCUUGUCAAUAGCAUUUCAGAUUACGUCAGUAUUAUGGCGCAGCGUUUCCCAGAAGAUGACAUCGCCGACGAUUCUUCCGAAUUUAUACCAGCCUUCCAUUUCCAAGGCGAGCCUAUUUUGACAUUCGCUCCACGCCAAUAGGUCACUAAUACCAGUUUAGAGAGAACCAUUCUCGGAGACCAAGAAGCGAUUGGAGAAGCGGACUGGAAUGAAGGGCAAGAACUUUGAGAAGAUAAAGUUUGCUGUGGUCAAGCGGAGUUCGUACUCUAAGCCACAGUAUAUCACAGAUGGCAAGUACAUUGUAUCUUCGAUCCAUGGUAGUUCUACUGACAGUCUCUAGAUCAAAUUUUAGACGAACUCAUUACCUCGGAGGAUGAUUUGCUCGGCUUAGACCACGUGGAUCGGUCACGCUCCCUCAGAAACGGCGCACAGGAUUUAUUCUUGAAGUAGAUUUUUUUGAUCUGGUUUACUGUCAACUGGCAUUGCACAUUAGGCGGGACAUGCUCAAGAGCAGAGGGACGACACGACGUAUGGAUAUUUGUAUGCUACGAAACGAAGAAUGGGUUUCAUUCACCUCGAUCUCCGGCGCUUUGGUGGUAAAAUGAGCGAUGAGCAAGCAAGAGUGGCGGUUUCUCAUACAGACAGACAGAUAUAUGGGAUGGGCUAGCGGAUUAGUCGGGGUAGAUGGUUUGCUUGCCUCUUGCUUCGGUGUCAUACGUAUCCUCCGGCGGCUGUUUUGUGGUAUCAUCUUUCACAUUCAGGUUCAUAUUCUCGCUCAAGCAUGGCUUCUACUCGUUACUCCUCUUUCUUCGUCAUCCUUUUGUUCGUUGUAGCGAGCGGCGGAGUGGGCGGUGCUUUGAGUACGUGCGCUGGGUUGCUGAUACGGUUGGGUAGGAGGUUAGAAGGUCGGAAAUGGGUGUGCUGGGCGGCAAUACCUUGGGAGGAGGUGCGUGGGCAAUACGAUGUGGGUGAUGAGGACGAGCAGCGAUGAAAUGAGAAUUAGAAAAUACAUUCAAGUAGUAUACCCUUGAGACUGAAGAGAUCAUGGAGUGCAUGACAGGGGCGUGAAUGAACUUUUCUCUGAGUGCUGUGGUGUGUAAGGCAUAUUACGUCCGGCGCAGGACUGUGUGGGUCGGUAAAUAAGUGGGACAACAAGAAAGUGCAAAAGAAUGGGUGGUUGCACUGGGUGGGCCGUUAUGUCCUGGAAUGGUAAUCUGCAUAUUUGGUUGGAUGAUUCUGGCUUUGAAACCAUUGAAUGGAAGGAAGAGGCCUAGGGGACAGUCAAUGUCCUUCUUUAAUCUUCCAUGUGCCUUUCAUUUUGGUCAUCUGUGAAUGGGUGAUUGAGGAAGAGUAAUGAAAUGCGGAAUAAUUGCUCGAUCUAUGAGAGCCGGCAAUAGGCUUGCUUCUUCACUCUUUCUUGGGCAUGCCAGGCUCGUCGCUCGGGAGCUACCUAUGCAUGGUGAACUAAGGCUAAAACCGCUACACCUGGAUUCAUCAAAAACUACCUAGGUAGGCU